AUGGCGCCCCAGGAGCCCGCGUGGACGAUGGGGCAGUUACUGGUUCUGUUCGGCACGUCGGGAGUGGAGCUGGCGCGCCCCCGCUCCGCAUGCUGGGCCCUCGGCCAGGUCAAACCGCCCUGGGUCGGAGCGGCUGGGCCGAAGUCCUUGGCCGGCGCGGCCGCGGAGCCCGACGUCGUCGCCGACAAGGACGGCCGGGCGGUGGACAGAAGGCCCGACGGCACAGGGAGCGCCGCCGGUGUCGACGAGGGCAGCGCCCCACGAGGCGCCGAGCCUGAGUCUGAGAGCAUCCGCCGCGCGAUCGCGCAGCUCGAGAAGCGCCAGCAGGGCCCGCUCGUUGGCCCCUCGUGGGAGACGCGGCCCGAGCUGGAGGAGAGGCUCGCGAAGCAGAGGUGCCUGCUUGACGGGCCCCGUGAGGGGGAGCAGCUGGCCAAGCGACCAGCGCGGCCCAAGGCAGCCGCCCUGCGCUCGGCGGGCGUCGCGCUCGGCAAGGCGGAGAGCAGGGUCCGCAGCAAGGAGACGGCCCUGCAGCACGCGGAGUCCGACCUGGCCGAGACGACGAGGGCGCUGCACCAGGAGCUCGAGGGCCAGCGCGCGGCCCUCGUGGAGGCGGAGCGCCACCAGGCGGCAGCUGCGCGGGAGACCCUCUCCGCAGGCAACCCGCGGGAGCUGGUGGACGGCCUCCCCCGCCAGAUCGAGCUGCUCAAGCAGGGCCUCGGGGCGAACCCCACGGAGGCAGUAGAGGCCCUCUCGCAGCAGGCGGCGGCCAUCCGCGGGCGCGGGCCGCCCCGCUCGCCAGCCCGCGUUGCUUGGGCCGACAGCUGCCCAGCAGAGGGUAGCGACGUAGCGACCCCGACGAAGAUGACAGCGACGUGGAGCUUCUUCCGCCUGCAGCGGGCUGCAUGCGCCCAGACCCGCCUGCUCGGGGACCUGCCAGCGGCUUUUCGCCGCGCCCCCAGCAGCCCGUCGCAAACCGCGGCCAAGGCGAGCGCUCAGGGGACGCAGCGAGCCCCUGGUCUAGGACGCAGGGCCUCCGCGUGCUCUCACGGCAACAAGAGGACUCCCAAUGGGCCGACUUUGAUUGACACCAGAGGCAAGCCAGGACUCUGCCACAUCCGGCGGGAGAAGACGGAGAACAGAGGUAGUCCACGGGCCGCUGCGCUGCUGGGACUGGGAGCCGUACGAAUGCCAGUUCUUGCCCAGGGCGAACGCGUGGUGGCCGUGGUGCUGCUCGAGGCCGCGCCUCCCGAGCCGGAGCCCACCGCGGCGCGGCCCGAGGAGCUCCUGCAGGAGGCCGAGCAGGCCCUGCGGCGGCGGGCGGAGGAGCUGCGCCGGGACGUGGCCCUCCUGCAGCGGGCGCGGUGCGAGGCCGCGUGCGCGGAGGUGGCCGCGGAGCUCCGGCGCACCGCGGAGGAGGACCUCCGCAGGUUCGAGGAGGGCCUCUCCACGCGGGCGGAGGGGGCGCUCGCCGCAAUAGGCGACCAGUUGGAGCCCGCCAGGAGGCGCCACUCCGAGCUAGUUGCCGGCGUGGACGGCUGCGCCUCGGAGUUACGCCAGUUGCGUGCUGAGGUGCUGCAGCGGAUCUCCGCGCUGGAGGCCGCGGCGAGCUUGGCGGAGGAGCGACGUCGGCGACAGGCAGAGCGGGUUGCGCUGGAGGUACGCUUGCUGAUGCAGGGCCCAGGCGGCGACAGCGCGGUUCGCGCCCUGACCAGAGGGGCAAGGCCGCGCGGCCCCCCUCGCGCCGCCAGCGAGACCAGAUUGCUGGGCUCGAACACCC